AUGCCGCCGACGAGGCCACACGCCAAGCGUGAAACCAAGCCGGCGCCGUACGUCCUCAGCGCGGAGCAGCGCCGCCGUCCGCUCCAGAGACGCCGCCUCGACACCACGCCAGCAGGCGACGGCGAGGACAUCAAGCCAAAGGUGCACGCCGCGGUGCGCGGUAUCGACUUCAAGAGCGGCGCCCGCGGCGAUACCCGCACACACGCCAACCACCGCCGCGCUCGCCCGCCGGCCACCCUCCCGGCGCGCGUCCGCGUCCCGCACGAGUUCGCAAUCACGCUGCAGGGGAGCAAGGGGCACACGGCUUACCGGAUAAAGCACCACGUCACCCCCGGAGAGGCGGUCGGGAGCGUCAAGGGGUGGAUGUGUCGGCGGUUCGGGUAUGAUCUUGGGUCGUUGCGCCUCGUGUUCGACGGCCAGGUCUGCGCCAACGACGAGACGAUGGCCUCCCUGGGCGUCGAGGAGGGCGACGUGCUGGAGGUGUACCUUGAGCAGAUUGGUGGCUGA